ACCGUUGUUCGCAGAGAGUCUCUUGCCUUCCUUUCCCUCUGUUAUUCUUUUUUCCCCUUUUGUCUUUUACCAUCUUUCCCUUCACGGAAACGCGUACUGAGAUUCCGUGUUGCAGUUCCCACAAAGAUAUAGUUCUAAGCUAGGUUUCUGGUUUAGGGUUUUGCUGUUGGUCAAUUUAAUUUGUCGACAAGACAAGGAAUUUUUGGUGCUGGGUUUGUGUUUUCGGGUUGUUUAUUGAAGAAAUGGCAAGUGGAGGAGCGAAGAACAAUGAUUUCUAUGCUGUUCUGGGGUUGAAUAAAGAAUGCACUCAAGCAGAGCUCAGGACUGCUUAUAAGAAACUUGCACUGAGAUGGCACCCUGAUCGUUGCUCUGCAUCGGCAAAUUCCAAGUUCGUGGAAGAAGCCAAGAAGGAAUUCCAGGCCAUUCAACAGGCCUAUUCUGUUCUGUCUGACGCAAACAAGAGGUUCUUGUACGACGUAGGAGUUUACGACAGUGACGACGACGAAAAUGGAAUGGGGACCUUUUUGAACGAAAUGACUGAGAUGAUGAUGCAGACAAAACCUAGUGAAAAGGGAGAAGAAAGCUUAGAGGAAUUACAAGAAUUGUUUGAAGAAAUGUUCCAAGCUGACACUGAUUCAUACGAGUCCAUUACUCCUUGUACUGCUUCAUCUUCGUUUGGGUCUUACGGUCAGGGUUCCAAGCGGAGUUCCUCCAAAAGCAGUUCGGCGGAGACCAUCCCGGAAAGCUUCGAUGCACAACUUAAUGGUUUCUGUCUCGGGAGAGACCAGAAGCAAGGUAUCAGGCAACUGAGAAGAGCCAUAGGAGGGACACCCGAAGGAACCGACCGUAGUAGACGUAGGGACGGCCGGAAGCAAAAGGUUUCGUGUGGCCAUGAUUUUUCUUCCAACGACUACGGCAUUCUUCUUGACCUUACCAUUUUGGUCCACUUAAACACAUUAACAUCCUGUGGCCAAGAUGGUGGCAGACUGAUUGUCAGGAAACAGACAACACCGAUCGAAGCCAAAACUGUCGGUUCGGCUGUUUUCAGUCGAGGGUUGCGAAGAAACGAGGGAAACUACUAGAGCUUGAUAUUACUUGUUUAGCUGUGAUUCACCAUGUCGACGAAUCCUUGUAUUCGUUGCUUUCUUAUACUCUCUUAUUUUUUCCAUGUUUAGGACCCUGUAAUCCAUUUUUAGCACGUGUUAAAAUAUUACUUACCGGAAUAAUUUGUGUAUUA